CUCCCGGUGGUCUGACGAGUGUUCGAAAGUCGAAGAUCGUACCCGAGGGCAUUCAGAAAAAAGACUUUUGGAGAAAUCUCCGAUCUGUCUAGUGGCUGAGAUUCAUGUAGUCACUUCCGACUGGUUUACAUGAGCUUCUGACUCCACCACUCGUAUGCCUCUCCGGAGUCUCAUGAGGGUAACCCUGUGACCGUGACGGAUCUCGACCGCGAUUGAAGCUACCAACCAGAUCCGAGGGGACCCCGCAGUCCGAGAACCGUCGCCAUGCUCAUCUAUCGUGCUCUCGCGAUCAACCUCGCGCGGAGGGGAACGUUCGGAGCUCCAUCCAUCCCAAACAUUCAACGUCAUCUCAUUUCCGUGUCCUCCGUGAAUCUGGUGCGAUAUGAUCGAACGCGAGGAAUGUGCACAGAAGUCCAAAGGAAAGCAGAAUGGUCCGCGAAGGAUGUGAGAGACGAAGUCGUGGAGACGCACAAAACAGGAAAGGGAGGAGAGACGGAGGAAGCAGAACAUCCGCUGGAUAAGGAGACUUGGACUCCGAUUUAUCGAUUCAGAUACAUCCGACAGCUUCGCCUCGCAACUCGUUUGAAAAUGUUCCAAGCUGCUUGCUGCGUAGCGUCAGUACCGGCCCUCCCUUACAUGGGAUUAGGAGGAAAUGAGACGAUGAUGAUACUCGCUAUCGAGUUCUACAUCUUGGUCAUGACAGUGUUCGUCGGACAGAUGGCACAGAAGGCUGUAGGCGUUCUAUACCUCAAUGAAUCCAGGGAGAAACUCCGCGUGGCGAGCCUAACCUUUUUAGGGCGCAGAGUCGACACGAUGUACGAUGUUCAGGAUAUCAUGCAUGUCGCCGAUACCGGAUUGAAGACCCAGUUCCCCCUCGUGGCUCUGGUUAGAUAUUCCGACCCCAAGGAGAAAAUGCUUGUGUACACUGGAAACGGAAUUUUGGAUCGCGAGCUUUUCGAACAUGUUUUCGGCGAAGUACCAACGCCGGCGCCACGACGUUUAUUCAAAUCCAGGCGGAAAGAAGAUACAUGAAAGAUCAGAAGGAUAGCGAAUUUCGGGAUCAUCUGUACCUAGUAUCGGGCUCGUGAACUGAGUAAAGAUCGUGAAAUCCC